ACCUUACUUCCUGUUUUGAUUUCAUGAAGUGAAAGCAGCAUGUAUCAGUUAGAACAUGGAUCUGUAAAGUAUUACUGAAAGCAUGGAUUAAACUGGAGACAGAUUUGAAGUAAAUAACAUAAAUACAAAUGGAAUAAAAGUUAAUGAACGUGCAGUGACUCCGCGGGUGGAAUGGAGCUGCGGAGUUUAUAGCGACGGGAAACUGUCGGGACCAAACCGAAAAUAGGAGUAAGGAGCCGGGGCCGAACCGAACCAAGCUCCGAAAGAAACUGAGAAGCAGCGGGACGGAGACCAUGUCAGACCUGGAUGUCUCCCUGCAGCGCUCUCUGGUUUUGGGUCUGGAGGUUUUGGAUCGGGCAUCCAAACGGAAAGUGGACUGGACCCAGAUCAGUCCUGCAAGCUGCAGCUCCGACAGCACCCAGAGAGAAUCCAGAGAAGAGACAUAUCAAGAGAUGCAACAAGAGAACCCAGAGCAGGGGGCACAGAGAGUUGGUGUGAAGUUGACCAAAGCUUUUUCCUCUCUCUCUGAGUUUAUGUCUCAAACAUCGCUGCUCUGUCAGAAGUACCAUGUGUCUCUGGCCUCCCUCUCACACUCGGAGCAGACUCAUGUUUGCCGGUUCCAUGGUUCCUCCUCUGCCUCUCUCUCCCCAACCACACACCUUCAGUCUGGUGAGGACUUUUACAUCGAGGUUCGUCCAGGCACUUACUCUGUUACUGCCUCUGCCCUUGAGUCUCCACGGCAACACUCUCACCUGGUCUCUGGCAGUGAGUCUCUGCAGCAACAGACUCAUCUGGUCUCUCUGGACGAUGGAGACAGCGUCCUCUUGACCUUUCACCUCUGACACCCGUGUGACCCAGCGCAUAUUCAAUACAAUCCUGUAUCAAAGUUCAGAGUUUUUAAGGGUUAUUUUUUUAUGCAAAUCAUAUCUAACACAACAUAAGGAUUAUACAUGCUAAAACAUAUGUAAUCAUUUUUUACUAUAGAGCUUCAGAAAAUGUUUUCAACACACACUAUUCAACCCCAAAGAUGUAAUUGUUGUCAAUUGGACUUUAAGGCAUAAGAUUAAUAUGACAAGUUUGUGGAGCGAAUCUCAAACAAUAUUUCUUAGGGGCUGUUCCAGUUUUAUUCUUGGUAUUUUUUUGCCUGAAAAAUCUAGACUGAUAUCUCUGUAUUUUUUAUGUAGAGGUAUACUGUAUCAGUCUGGUCACCACACACACACCAUUGUAGAAUCAGAUUUGUUGUUUCUGUGAUGCAUGAGUUUAGUGCUUUUCUCUUUGAUUCUACAGAAGUCUGCUAUGUUUUUCAGUGCCAUGUAAUAUUUUUGUCCUUUCUUUUAUCCUUGUAAGCAGCCAUACUUGUUUUGAUACAGAUGGACCAUUGACUAAUCUACCUCUCAAUCACGCUCAGGGAGAUUCACCAGUGACCAGACUCACAUCUUCAGAAAAUAUUAGAAAACUGUGUGUUCUUGAUCCUAGGCAAGUUAUUUCCUGUAGUGUAACUUUAAUGAUAUAUAUAUAAUAUUUUCAAAAUGCACUUAAAUUACUCAUUAGGAUUUGACCAUAACAGUAUUUAAACCUGCACAACAACAUCAUGGUGUUCAAAUAUAAACUUUAUUUUCUUGUCUGUUUUUGGAGAAUUAUGAAACGC